AUGUUCGUGGUUCGAGGGACCAGUGCCUUUGUGUUCUGCAGGUACUCUGCAGCUUCUUCUGCUCGAUGGUGCGCAUACCGGGGCUAUGCGACUCGUUCCUUUGAUCCUCUCCGCAUUCUCUUUUGCGGCUCCGACGAAUUUAGUAUUGCCUCCUUGAAAGCUCUCCAUAGCUACCGUUUGAAACAUCCCGACCAGAUUUCCUCUAUAGAUGUGGUUUGUCGGCCAGGGAAACGGGUUGGAAGAGGACUGAAGAAGAUCCGCGAGAUGCCUAUCAAGGAGGCUGCAACCGCUUUGUCGCUUCCGAUUCACGAAAUCGACACAUUCACAGGAUGGACACCUCCGGUGACUCCGAAUGGUCCUAUCAAUUUAAUUAUUGCUGUAUCCUUUGGGCUAUUCGUGCCUCCACGGAUUUUGAACGCCGCAAAGUAUGGAGGCUUAAACGUGCACCCAUCGCUGCUACCAGACUUUCGUGGCCCCGCACCGUUACACCACACUCUCUUGGCCGGAAGGACUAAGACUGGCGUGACGCUUCAGACAUUGCACCACAAAGACUUCGACCAUGGAACAAUUUUGUCUCAAACACCAGCUCCUGGCUUCGAUAUUCCCAACUCCGAAUUUUGUACUGUUCCCGAAUUGACUAGUCUGGUUUCGGUGAAAGGUGCGGAACUACUCUUUGACGGCAUCCAGAACGGACUAUUUGUGCCUCCUGUCAAGGAGGCAGGAUGGCUCUCUGCAGAUAACAACAAAAAUCUCAUCCAUGCUGCCAAGAUCAAGCCAGAAGAUCGACAUGUUGACUGGGCAAAUUGGACGCUGGUCGACUUCAACCGACGCUAUCGUGUGCUUGGAAACCUGUGGAGCAAAGCACUUGUAGCAAGCAAUUCAGCAGAUGGAGCGCUCCCGUUCCAGCAGAAGCGCGUGAUCCUCACUGAUGUCGAAGAAGUGGAUCCUCCAAUUGGAUCUGAUAUCUUUGCGAUUGUUCCGGGCUUGCCAUUCGCGAACGCUCCUCAUCCGGUGGAGCCAAAGAAAAACAGGGCACUUUAUGUGUUAACCAAAGACGGCAAGGCACUUCGUAUCAACCAAAUGAAAGUGGAGGGAGAACCAGCCGCCGAGGGACUUCGAGCUGCAAUUAAGGCGCGCAUGUUUGGUGAUCGGUCCUUCCAGUCUGUUGGCACCGAGUUUACUCCUUUCCGCAACCCCCUUGCAUGA